AUGUGGAGGAGAUCCAACACCACCACGACCACCACGACCACUACUAUUACUACUACCACUACGGAGACGGUCACCGCUAUCAGGAUGCCGUGGAAUCUCCGAGGUAGCUCGAAGGAUAAUACUACAAAGAAGCAUGUGUCGCCCGCGCAGUCAGAGAUCGAACUACCGCCUCGCCGGAGUGAGCAUUCGACUCGAUCGCGCCCUCGCUCCCCGCUGCCCAGUCUGUCAGAGACCCAGACCGUGGCUGGAGAACGUUCGUUGUCCACCCAUGAUUGCAACAUUGGCAACAGACUUGAUGUUGCCCGGGGGAAGGACCUGUCUCGUGCAGCAACCAAGAGAAACCGGUUUAGUCUGAUGAAGUUCCGUCACGCUUCUGACCCUCAAUUGUCGUCCAGUUACCAAAACUCGGAACCGCCGCCAGUGCCAAAGCUGGUUCCUCCCCCUACCAUCAUCACUACUUCGCCGACGAACCACAAUCUGGAACAGCCGGCAAAGGGUCAGACUCCGGGCCAACCGCAUAGCCAGCUGCCUUUUUCGCGGUCAUCGCAUAAUCUCGUCUCUGAUGUGGAAGCAGCAUCUCGAAGUUCGAGUCCGGGGCCCACGGGAAGGCCCAAGAAGGAUCGGAGUGCCAGCUCCACACCGCCGGCCUCGUCCAAUGCAAGAUAUUCACACAUCUGCUUCGAAGAAGCCGGAAGACUGUCGACCGCCUCUCUCCGUAGCGGAUACCGGGCCCAUGCACACGCAGACUCGCAGUCAGGUCUGUCUACCGCUCGUCUAUCGGAAUCAUCUCGCUCAGAUGCCAGCUCUGGUGACAGAUCGAUGUAUCAUGGCCAGCCAUCGAAGAAAGAACCCACCUCUGCGUCCUCCUCUAUAUUUCGAUUCCCGCGUCUGAAGAAGAGCCGGGCGUCUCUCUUCCCCGUGCCUAAAAUACCGCCUGCGGACGGCCAGCCGUACCACCGCCAGACUCAAUCGAGUAAAUCUGCAGAAUUAUAUAGUGAUUCUACCGUCCCAUCGCCCUCCCAGUCGUCUUCUGGACGCCCAGCAUCUACUGCCGGGUCUCCUAGACCUCCCCUUUUCCGUAAAGAUUCCACCACUUCUGGUCGCUCAAAGUCAUCUGUCUCUCCCGCUGCCACAGAUCGUGCCAAACGCCGUGCCAGGUCGUCCACCCUGGGCUCCCUGCACCAUAUUCAGGAUGACACGGAUAACAACCUAACUCCUGAGGUCACUCCGCCGGCAGUCGGUGCCCCUCGUAAAUCCUUCAGUGACCUCUUCAACAUUCACACCCGUCUCAAGCACAGCCAGAGUGACUUUACUACGACUCCUCCUUUAGGAACUCCAACAGCCUCCACUCCUGUGGCUGGGACCAGCCCAAUGACGCCCACAGCGUCUAAGGCCAACUCGUUCUCCCUUGCUCGUGAAUUAUCUUCCUAUCCACCACGUUCUCCAGACGAUACUCCUGCAACAUAUCUCUCCCGCCUCGAAUCCAAUGUCCACCGUGGCGCAAUUGCGACUAUCCUCUCCCAGUCUGCGGACGAAUUCUAUUCUGUUGCCCUACGCAAAUAUAUGCGUGGGUUCUCGUUUUUUGGUGACCCUAUGGACAUGGCUAUUCGUAAACUGCUUAUGGAAGCCGAAUUACCGAGAGAAACUCAGCACAUUGAUCGUAUGAUUCAGUCCUUUGCCAACCGUUACCACGAAUGUAACCCGGGGAUAUUUGCGUCCACAGAACAAGCUUAUUUUAUCGCCUUCUCACUACUUAUCUUACACACAGACGUGUUUAACAAGAACAACAAGCGCAAGAUGCAACGUGCAGACUACGUCAAGAAUACUCGCGGCGAAGGUGUGAUGGAUGAAAUCCUGGAAUGCUUCUAUGACAAUAUCUGCUAUACCCCCUUUAUCCACGUUGAGGAUGAAAUCAACCUUAGCUCUCGUCUCUCUUCCCCCAAGGCUAGAAGCAACCUAAUGACAAAAAUGGCCAGCACCGACCAUUUAAUGAAAUCAUCUAGGGACCCAAUAGACCCGUACGCGCUCAUUCUCGAAGGAAAAGUAUCCUCUCUACGACCUAACCUCAAGAAUGUCAUGGAACUCGACGAAGUCUACUCCUCGACCCCGGCAACAAACACACAUCUACCCUCUCCUCCUUCUAUAGCACAGCUAAAUAAUACGUUCGACAACCCGUGCAAACUUCAGAUUGUCUCUGCUCGUUCGCGCCCAGACGCAUUCUUAACUGAAUCAUCAAUUGCUAACCCAGCAGAGUCCCAACCUGGACUAGUUGAUAUCCGUGUUGUCAAAGUCGGUCUUCUCUGGCGCAAAGAUGCGAAGAAGAAGAAAGCUCUGUCACCCUGGCAAGAAUGGGGUGCCGUUCUUACUGGCUCUCAACUUUAUCUAUUCCGUGACGUGCAGUGGGUAAAAUCGCUGGUCUCGCAGUAUGACGCAAAAUAUAAGCAGGACAGCCGUCCCCCAGCAGUGACAUUUACCCCACCCCUCACAGCAUUCAAGCCCGAUACAAUCAUGUCUACCGCGGAGGCUGUAGCAUUGCUUGACUCAGGUUAUAAGAAGCACAAACAUGCCUUCCUUCUCGUACGUAACGGUGGGUAUGAGGAAGUGUUCCUUGCCAACUCGGAUAUUGAAAUGGCAGAUUGGGUAAACCUGAUCAACUAUGCUGCUACAUAUCGCACUAGUGGCAUUCGAAUGAGAGGAUCCGAGAAAGGAAAACUGGCCAACGCAGACCCGCAGCAUUCACAGGAAGCACAUGCCGCUCGCCGCGCGCAGAUAUCAGCGCACAUCAAAGAAGCGAAUGAGAAAUUGUUUGUUUCACAACGUCAGGUUGACUUGUUACUGCGAAAUGCGAGACAUCUGCAGCAUCUUACGCCCAUUCAUACACGUACUAGAGGCCAGGUCAUUCUUGCGGCAGGCCGAAUGGCCGCCAAAGUCAAGUGGGCUCGGCUUGAGCUGGAACGGUUGAAGUGUCAUAGGGGAAUCUUAGCUAGGGAUUUGGCAGAGGAAGAGGGCCGGGUUGGUGCAGGUGGCUGGAAAAAGGAAGUUGGACUUGCCCUUGGGCAAAUGAUGGAUGGUGCUGGGGAUGUUUUAGAGGUUACCACUUUACCGGGCGAAAAGGACAAUGAGAGGGCAUCGAUAUCAACUGCCACGGCGCCAAAUGGAAGUAUACUAGUCGGACCCGAUGCAGCGCCUAUUAGUAGAGAGAGCCAUCGCCAAUCGACCUCUUCUACAAUAGCAUCUAAGCAGACCAACUUUUCUACACCUAACCCCAACUCUGUGACGACGCCCCUCACAGACACAGAUAGCACAUCCAACGCAGCCACUCCAACACCAAGUGUCACAGAUGAUGAUGAAGAACAACGUUUCCUCCGCGAAACGGGGAUUCUCGCUUUGGAUACCGUCCCCCUCUCAAGUCCGCCUAAUUCCCCUGGCAAGGAUGAAACCAUCACCCCUAUACCUAGCAACACUACAAACACCAGCACCGCCCAACCCUCCCCUCCACCAUCUUCUGAACGUUCCAGGGUCCGCCGCAGCUUCCAGCGUACCCUUCGAGAAGCCCAUCACAACGUUCCCCUUCACCGCACAAGCCGCAAAGGCCGAGACCGUGAUUCCUCUUCCCACUCUUCCAUUCACUCUACAGCUGCUGGCGCCGGUUCUAACAAUAACAAUAGCCCUGGAACCCCAUCUACUCCCACAGCCAAAUCUGAUGAGCUAGGAACUCUUCCUCGUAAAUCUCCAAGCUUCACUGUUCAUGGCAAGAAGGCUUCUAUCAUCACAUUUGGCUCUGAAUGGCAGACUCUUUCGCCGGAGCAGAGACUAAAGCAGCGUAAACCGCAGUCUCACCAACAGCUGCAAACUCAGUCUCAAACAGACGCACCUAACGAUGACGGCACUGAAUCGGUCUUUGCAUCUUCUAUCGUCUCAACCCUCGGAGGUGACGGUGCAGACCAGGUAGGCUCGCAAAUAGCUAGAUCAACUAGCAUUGCUUCUACUUCUGCACUUACCCUCCAGUCUACAGACACAGCGGUUACGGGCGUUGCAUCUCGUUGCUCGCCAGCAAUAAGCGACGUGACACAUACCUCCGUCUCCGGCUCCGGCAAUACCAGUGACCAUCAAGUGUCUCAUGACGAUUCAAAACUCGUCGUAGCUUGA